AGACUCUAUCGAGUCUAUUGAUACGUCACAACGUACACACCUACUAUCACUAAGGGCAUACUAGUUUGGCCUACUAAUAUUCUAUUCACACACCGAAUGAAUCAUCAACCUUGGACUGAUCUUAGUCAACAAAGUUCGAUGCAACGAUCAUGGUUGUUUUUAUACUAUAAUCUAACGUUGCGCAUAUUUAAAGAUUUAAUGAAACACGCUGGCAUCGAGUGAUAUCAUACGUUCGUUGGCCUAACGUCAUUGACAGUGGUGAAGGUCUUUAUUUUGAUACCAAGCUAUUUAUUAUUGGGGCGAUGACCUAAAUUACGUCUUGCUUUUCUACCUUUGUUUAUUAAAAUGCAAACAAGGGGUGUGACUUAAAUGGCCGACUAAGAGCGUUUUUUUAGCGAUUUCCAAAUGACUAGUUAAAUUUUAUUGUGACGUCUACCUCUAGUAGGUCCGACGACUAUUGAACUGCUAACCAGAUUCAUUUACGAAAAACGCAAUGAAAAGCUUUUUAUGCACCAUUCAUUCAUAUCAACACUCUGGAUGCUACCCGUCGAACAAAUCUAUUAUUUAUGAGAGCAUCUGAUCGUAAAAUUAAUUCAAUCAUUUAGACGUGUAACCUUUGCAUAUAUGCAUGAUCUGGAACUGAUAUAAAGACUUACUAGUCCAGAAUGGUACUUUAAAAGUUAAGUUUGUCGAGACUAGUCGUUUACCUUUACGAUAAAAUGGAAGAACAAUUUGCAAAUAUUGAGUAUGUUCUUAUAGCACCGGAUAUAUUAGUGCCCUUAACCUGGCCAAUUUAUGGCCUAGAAGAUUUUGUUGUAAAGCUUCUUAGAAAGAUCAUGAGUACCAGCCAACAGGAGAGCCCCAUCAUCAGGGUGCAUGACAUUUCAGUUCGGUUGAUGAAGAAUCACCCAAAUGGAUUUCCCUUCGUGUGUGAAUUGGUGUCUACUGAACAGGUGAUUGGAGUUGAUGUCUACGAUAUCGUUCCUUCGGAGGAUGUAAACAACGAUUUGAUUGGGGUUGUCAGCGGAAGUGAUUUUAGAGCCUUACAACGAAGGACUUCCUGGGCUCGAGUUCGAGAACCGACAUGCGUUCUACGUUCUCAAACUCUCGAGUAAGUGUUGUAGUUUAUUUAAAUUAUUCUUAUCCUCUUUAUGGGAUAAAUCCAGGUGGUUUUUUCUUGUGUAAUUACUUUGCAUUCAUAUUUGUUUACGUUAUCAGUUGUUUGGAUUAUGGUUGACCUCAGAUACUGCUUAUUCGUUGCAGUUUGUUUUAUAAAUAUAAUAUUGUUGAUAAUGAUACACAUAAUACUU